AUUUUGCUUAGCCAUUGUUUUCUAUUUUGACCCGGUCACACGCGACGUAUGCGUAAUUGCCGUUGUCAGUUUUGACCAACUAACGCUAUCCUGCCCAGCCCAGCCCUAUUCUAUCGUGUUGUGUCCCACUUUGCAGCCGGAGCUGAAAAGUUCAGCCAUCGUUAAAGUCGCAAUCGUUUUGGUGUGUCAAUAAACUCGUGUGCCAUUUGACGUGGUUUGACCAGCAGGCUCAGCUCGUCGCCUGUUCCUCCUCGCGCGCCACACUCGUUGCAAACAUUCCACAAUCGCAGUCAGCGCAUAGUUGGCACACCGAGACAGCGACAAUCUUAGACAACUGUGCGUGACUCACCAGAGACUCAAAGCCGGGUCUACACUCACACUCGCCAAGCAGCCGUGCUGCGUCAUCGCUAGUGUCGAGACGACUGCUGCCCACACCAAACAGACGAGACGAGAGACUGGGGACUCAAUUUGCGAGAGCGAACUUAAUUUGGUGAUGGCGUCACAAGAUGCCGGCGAUUACCCAACCUCAAGGCUGGGACAAAUGCGGAUGCGCUUCCAGCAAAAGACGCAGGAGGAGCAGGAGCAGCGACGCCAAGAGCUUCACAAUACCCAAUCUGCCACGGCCAUGCCCAGUGCCGCUUCUACUCGGGUCAUCGGCAAUGGCAAAGUGCGUCAAAUGUUUGACGAGCGGCGUCGUGGCGCUGGCAUCGAUCGUAGCAAUCCGCUGAAGCCCAUCGGGGAAACGCGUCAGCCGCAACAACAGCAGCAGAAGCAGCUCAUUAAGGGCCUAUCCGCAAUGAGUCUUAAGGAGAAACCAGUCUCUGGCCGGCGUAUGACCAGUGAUAGCAACAACAACAACAGCAAAUACAAUGCAUCCGGCACGGUGACCAAUGCGAAUCGCCUGAAGCCAGUGAUAACGCGCAAAACGCCACCCAUAAGGGACCAGCCAGAUGGACAAAUGCUCUCGACUUCCACGCCGGCAAGCAGCGCCAGAGCCAAGACAAUGAGAUCAACCACAAUGCCAGUGACAUCAGUUUCUCGUCCGACAGCUGGACGAGUUGCAGUGACAGAAAAAAGUCGUGCUACACCGCGUCAGAUCAAUCCAAAAUCUCCAGUUACCAAAAUUCAAAUGGACACUCAACCGCCGGAAGGCAUGCAAACUUGUCGCUUCUGCGGCCGCCACUUCAAUACUGAUCGCUUGACUAAGCACGAGGAGGUGUGCCAACGCACAAUGAACACCAAACGCCGGAUAUUCGAUGCGUCCAAGCAGCGUGUCAAGGGCACCGACGCCGAGAAGAUCACCAAGCAACAGAAGCCGGGCGUUAGUCGCACACAGUCCACAUACAGUAGUGCUGCACAGCAGCAGGGUCUGCGCACUAGUGUCAAGAAGAGCAACUGGCGCAAGAAGCAUGAGGAGUUCAUCGAGGCAAUCCGAGCUGCUAAAAAAGUGCAGGCUCAUUUGGCACGCGGCGGUAAGCUGAGCGAUUUGCCACCGCCGCCGCCCUCAGAGAAUCCCGAUUACAUACAGUGUCCGCAUUGUGGUAGACGCUUCAAUCAGCAGGCUGCCGAGCGGCACAUUCCGCGCUGUGCCACCAUGAUCCACAAUAAGCCACGUCGAAGCACUCCGCUGGCGCCCGUGAAGAAGCGUUAAACUAAAAUUUGGGUCACUUGAUAUGCCCAUUUAUUAUAUGUGAUAAAACGAAUUGAUGAAUAUAAACAGCAUUAAAGUAUUAA